AUGCUGUGUAGUGGUAAAGAAGUGAAUGUUCCAGAGAAGGCACAAGAAAACACAGGUAGAAAAGAAGAGGCGCAGCCCCUCUCAAUUCAAAGGGCCAAGCAGCACAUCAAUAAUGAUCAGGUCAAGGGAGAGAACCCCUACACCAAUCCAUUGCCUUUUCCCCAUAGAGCCACUCAAAACAAGAAGAGGGCUGAAGCUGAGUUGGAUAAGGAGAUCAUGGAGACUUUCCAGAAGGUCGAAGUCAAUAUACCACUCUUGGAGGCCAUCAGACAGAUUCCCAAGUAUGCUAAGUUUCUCAAAGACUUGUGCACCCACAAGAGGAAGCUGAAGGGAAAUGAGCAGGUCAACCUUGGAAGGAAUGUCUCAACCCUAAUCCAGCCCACCAUGCCUUUGAAAUGCAAAGAUCCAGCGACAUUUACCAUUCCUUGCACCAUAGGAGAGCUGCAAUUCACAAAUGCUUUGCUAGAUUUGGGUGCUUCCAUUAAUGUAAUGCCUAAGUCUGUUUAUGCAUCCUUGCAGGUUGGCCCAUUGAAAUCCACAAGAGUGGUAAUCCAGCUAGCUAACAGGAGCAUGGCCUAUCCCACGGGAGUCUUGGAGGACGUGCUGGUUAAGGUUAAGGAUCUUAUCUUCCCAGCUGACUUUUAUGUUUUAAAUAUGGAAGAUGAUAACAAACUUGGACAUGCACCAUUGAUACUAGGCAGACUUUUCUUGAAAACUGCUAGGACAAUAAUUAAUGUGCAUGAGGGUACCUUGUCUAUGGAAUUUGUUGUUAAUACUAUCCAUUUCAACAUUCUUGAUUCCAUGAAGUAUCCUUCAGAAGAUCAUUCCUCCUGGCAUGUUAAUUCUAUUGACUUGAUGGUUGAUGUUGCAUGUGCUGAUCUUGCUGACUUUGUUUCUGAGUUCCCCACCAUCCAUGACUUUCUUGAUAGUGUGCAUUGCCUUGAUUAUCAUGAUGGGUUUAGUAAGUGUGUUGCUUGUUCUGAGAUAGAUGAGUUUUUAAAUCUUUCUGAAUCUGACAUGAGUUUUCAGCAUGCGCACCCCGUUGAGAAUGUUUCCCUUGCUAAGAAUGUCAUGCAAGCAGAUGGUUCUCUUGACUUAAACACAAAUAGGUUGCUUCCUUCAAUUCAACAGCCACUUGCCUUAGAGUGCAAACCCUUAUCCGACAACCUCAAGUAUGCUUACUUGGAGGAGGGAGAGAAGUUGCCAGUGCUCAUAGCCAACAACCUCUGCCCUGACCAAGAGCAGAGAUUGCUGGACCUACUCAGGAGGAACAAACGAGUAAUAGGCUGGACCUUGGCAGACAUACUAGGUAUUAGUCCUUCUUUGUGCAUGCACAGGAUUCAUUUAGAGGAAGGAGCCCGACCAAUAUGCAUAGCAUCAAAGGAUCAGGAGAAGACCACCUUCACUUGUCCUUUCGGCACUUUUGCCUACCGAAGGAUUCAUUUGGCUUAUGUAAUGCUCCAGGGCAUAGUCUUAGGUCAUGUUAUCUCCAGACAAGGUAUCGCGGUCGAUAGUUCCAAGGUGGAUGUCAUUGCUUCUUUACCUUACCUCGCGUCUGUGCGGGAAGUACGCUCUUUCCUUGGCCAUGCAGGGUUUUACAGGAGGUUCAUCCAAGAUUUCAGUAAGAUUGUCAUUCCAUUAUCCCACCUCCUCCAAAAGGAUGUGGAUUUCAAGUUUGAUGAACAAUGCAAGCAAGCCUUCAAGGAACUUAAGAGGCGAUUGACUUCUCCACCGAUCAUCCAGCCACCCAACUGGGAGUUGCCCUUCGAGCUCAUGUGUGAUGUUUCAAACCUUGCAGUAGGCGUCGUUCUCUCUCAACGGGUGAAUAAGAAGUCGCAUGUCAUUGCCUAUGCCUCACGUACCCUGGACAGUGCUCAAGCCAAUUACACCAUGACUGAAAAAGAGCUCUUAGCCAUUGUCUUUGCUUUAGAUAAAUUUCGAUCAUACUUAUUGGGAUCUAAAGUUAUUGUGUUUUCUGAUCAUGCAGCCCUGAAGUUCCUUCUGAAGAAGCAGGAUGCAAAACCUAGGCUUAUCCGGUGGAUGCUGCUACUCUAG